CAGUGGUGCUCGCGUGCAACGCUCCUACCUCGCUCCUAGAUUCUUUCAACACGCAGACAGCUAUUUGCACGCAUACAGCAUGGGAGUAUCGCUGGUAGCUCCUGCUAGUAGUAGUACCUUGCCUUGUACAGUACAAGGAAUCUGUCGCUGUAUCGCCCGCUCGAUGACGUAGGGAUCACGUUGCACAACAAACUUUCUCACGACACGCGCCAAUCAGUGGCGCCAAUCAGGAUGACUGGGAUGUCAUCGUACGAUGGACGUCCUCCAAUAAUGGCUCAAUGGACGCGUCGUCGGCAACCUUCUCUUCGCUGAUGAUCCACGUGUCUCUGCAUUUCCUUCAUAGCGACAGGCGAGCGAGGUAGAAAUGAAUCGUGCGCUGAUGCUGCUCGCUGUCUUGCUGCUGUUUGCUGCGUGGACACAACCGUUGUCAGGAUUUGGUGAGCUUCCAGAGCCCCUGGAGGCUACGGAUCCCACGGACCCUCCAGAAUUCAGCUACGAAGAGUUUAAGAAAGCACUGCCAGAGCUGUUUGAAAAGUGGAAGAACCUGAUCCAGAUCCAUCCACACAACAGCAGGGAGCUAGGUUCUGAGUUCAAUUGUUCCACAAAGAAACCACCAGGUGUCCACAAACCACCAAAGUCAGUUCAUGAACUCACGCCGUUCGAUGUUCAGGUCGUUGCUGCCUUAGGAGAUUCACUGACGGCAGCAAAUGGAGCUAAAGGCAUCAAACCGUUGGAUUGCCUGACACAAUACCGAGGAGUAUCAUGGAGUAUUGGUGGCGACAAGAAUCUCACACAGGUCGUGACGUUGCCCAAUAUUCUGCGCAACUACAACAAGGACCUCCGUGGUUUCUCAUUGUACGAGGCAGAAGCAGAUGACAUCAGUCUAGCCCACCUGAACGUGGCAGUACCUGGCUCGAUCGCCCAGGACAUGCCUAGUCAGGCCAGAGAGUUGAUCCAGAGACUGAAGUCGGGGAUCCACGGUGCAGACUGGGAGAAUGAUUGGAAGGUCAUAACCCUGUUUGUUGGUGGUAACAACCUCUGCAAGGCAUGCCUUCUUCCACGAGCGGAUACCAAUAGUCUGACGAAUUUCAUCUCGAACGUGACUGAGAGUCUUGACACCCUACAUCGGGAGAUUCCGCGAGCGUUUGUCAAUCUCGUGCCGGCGCCUGAUGUGUCGGAGCAGCGUUUCCUCAACAAGGGAGUCGUCUGCUCAGUUCUACACCUGUAUGUGCUCAUCAUCAUUGCUUGUAGGAAAGUCUCCAUCUAA